AUGUCUCCGCGACCUGACAGUUAUUAUGAUCACGACGAAGAUCAAAGCGAAACAGGUCUAGCGCCGCCAAUCGAGUCGACGGGCGCUUCCACUCCUGAUACCAGCAUCGAGAUAGUCAGCACCUACUACGCCUCCUCUGAUGCAUUCGAAGGUGAAAUUCUCGAUGCUUUUGAUCAAGAUGGGGAAUCCUUGGAGAUAUACGAUUUUUACACCUACAGCCGUUUUUUGUCUAGAAACCCAUCCCCAUUGCCUUCCAAGUCUCCGCAAGCUCCCCAUUCCAGGGAUUCCGAUGUCAUUCCAUACUCAUCGCAUGGCUCUGAACACCCCAGCGACAGCAACGAGGGCGGUUUUCACGGAUUCGUACCACCAUGCUCUAUCCUGGAUAAUCAGAGCUCCGUAAACCAACUGAUCUUCGCGCUUGAAAAGGUGAAAACUCAGCCUCAACCCCCUGGACCAGUGGGAAAAUUCAAUCCCGAACUCGAAAGUAGCGCCGAAGACGCGCUGAGUUCCCAAGGAGCGACAUGCCCGUUCACCUUCGCGACGUUACGGAUGAAAAUGAAACGUCUACCUCACCCUAGCAAUGCCGCCAUGCCGAGUCUCCAAAUGCAAGAUGGCCAAUAG